AGGACGGCUCCUCCCGCCUGUGCGCCGUACAUUUUGAUCUCUUUGCUGACUGACUUUUUGUGUGUGUUGGUGUUUCUCUUUACACUUUCAGACGUCUUUGAGCGAUGUUUGACAAACAGCAUUACGAGAGUCCACCGGUCUACAGUCCCCCUUUCACCCCUCCACCCAACAAUGGCUUUGGGCCCGCGGCGAGCUUCCACGGCCCUCAGAGCGACUACAACAUGUACCCACCUCCACCGGGAUCCUACUACAUGGAGGACAAGCCGCAGCACUUCUACAAAUGGCUGUCACCUCCUGGGAUCAUCAAAGCCAUGAUGGUCACAGUCAUAGUGCUGUGUUUGGCGAUAUUCGCCUGUGUGGCUUCCACGCUCAUGUGGGAUAUCCAGUACGGGUACGGCUCGGGAAUGGGUUACUACGGUUCUGGGAUGGGCUACGGCAGCGGCUACAUUGGAGGCAGCUACGGCUCGGGCUACGGUGGUUACGGCGGAUACGGAAACUACUACGGCUCCGGCUCCUACAUUUCUCCUUACUCGGCCAAAGCUGCUAUGAUUGCCAUGGCAGCCAUUAACUUCGUAGGAGCACUGGCCUUCUUCAUCGCCAGCUUCUCUAAAACCAACGCAGUCCGCGGCAGAAAGUACUUCCUGGCUGUCCUGAUAUCCAGCGUUUUGAUGGCUGCCCUGCAGGGCAUCAUAAACAUUGUCUACAUCGUGGGGGUAAACCCCAUGGCCCAGAGCUCCUCCAGUAUGAUGUACAAUCCAAUGCUCAUGAUGUGCCAGAAUCUUUACCAGACCAGUUACUCGCAGAUGGGAGGAGUGGGAGGCUUCCCCAUGUACAACCAGUACCUGUACCAUUACUGCUUUGUGGACCCACAGGAGGGAAUUGCAAUGGCAUGUGGAUUCCUGGUUGUCUUCGCCUUGAGUGUUGCUGCUUUCUUCGCUCAGAGGACAAGAGGGAAGAUCUGGCGCUACGGCAAACCGAAUAUUUACUGGGAAGAGCCUCUUGUUGGUGGGAAGGCCUCAGAGGGCAGAGAUGUAGAGGACUGGGUGAACAAUGUGGAGGAAAGCCGGAGUGUUCAGGAUGCCCCGACCCUGCUGGUGUCAGAGAAGGCAGGCGGGCCGCUUAACGCCUCAGUUAACAGCGUCUCCUACUCCCCGCCCAAGGUGGAGAGCGGCUCCUACAAUGACGAUGCGUACGACAACAACGAGUACUCUGAACGGACAAACAGCCGACCAUCGGAAAUGUUCUUCCACAGCGGGGGGACCAGCUCGAGCCCCUCAGAAGAGACUGCCGGAGGCCGCAAACCCUCCGCAAACAGGGGCAAGAGGCGCAGACGUAACCCAGAACUGGACGAGUCUCAGUAUGAGACGGAGUACACCACGGGAGGAGAGACGGGCAAUGAACUGGAUGCAGAACAAUUGGAGAGGUGAGAAAUAAUCUUCUACUUUAUCUGCGAGCUGCUCACUAACAUAUCCCAGAGGGAGACAUUUAAAAGAGAGUUUGACGCCGACCUUCGGGAGUACAAGCGGCUGUGUGCUGAGAUGGACGACAUUAACGACCGGUUGAACAAGCUCAGCCGGCAGCUGGACACGCUGGACGACACCUCAGCCAAAUACCAGAUUGUAGCUGAGGAAUAUAACCAGCUGAAGGACCUGAAGCAGACGUCCGACUACCAGGCUAAGAAGACAGCGUGCCGUCAGCUGAGACACAAACUGUUCCACAUCAAACGCAUGGUGAAGGACUAUGACAAGAACCACUGAGGAGCACCCACUCUCCCCACAGCACAUGAUACACUCCAACAUGCCACAAAGACUCUGCUGAGACCAAAGUUAAAGGACACACUCACGCUCACGCACACACGGGGAACACGCUGCAAGUUUAAUGAUCUACUGUAAACAAAUAAUCGCUGAUUUUGGGAGAGAAUAAGGGGAGGAGCCUCCGGCCUGUUCGGCCUCAGUGCUUGCAGGGUACGGCUACUGCUGAGGAUCAAAGGCUGCGGUUGGAGAGAGGCGGUUUGAAGGUCACCUAAUAAUUAGUCGCCCGAGGUAACGCUUUGCUCGCUUCUCUGGUUUGCUCUACGAUAGGCGACUUUUCUUUGUUUUGUCCUCCACAGAUAAGAGUCGUGAUGUUGUAGGCGAGCAAACACGCAGCCUCUGUGUGGCCGACGAACAUUAGCUGAGGGUUUCUCACGUCGGUGUUCGUAACGACCUUAAAUGUGGCUGAACUUAACACUUUUCUUUUACCGUUUUUUUGCUUUUGUCGACACUGAGAUUUUUAUAUUUUUUUACAGAUGUUGUGACACCAAAACUGGCCAACAGGCUGUGUGUGGCAGUGUUGUAUUGUGCGUUCUUUUAACGAGUCGUGCUCUUCGUAUAUAUCAGAACAAAUUUACAGUUGGUCUCUAAAACCUCGAGAUGCAUUCGUGCUUGUACAUACUGUAGGCUCAUAGUUGUGUGUUUAAACUAUGCAAAUUAGUCAAAUUAACCACAGUGUCUAUGUUUUCAUCACACUCCUGAAAAACCCGCCUCGCUGUUUCUGUCGAUAAGCUGAACUCAUUUGAUUCUUUGCCAAUGAAAACGAGCUUUAAUCCUCAGCGUUUGUGAAAAUCUACUGUACACCUUAAAUUCACGUAGACUCGCUUGUGAUUCGUCUUGCAUUUGUAUUUUUAUGAAGAACAUUGUUGUCAUUUUAAAAACCAUUUGCGAGCCAUUUAUUUUUGUAAGAAUUUAUUUUCUUUGACGCUAUUAUAAAAAGACCAUUUUUGUAACUGUGUACCUCCAUAAAUGAUGUUGUCUAAAAAGUAUUGAAUUUAGUGAAUAAUAAACAUUUCUAAUUCUCUA